AUGGAUCGAGAACAGCUCGAGCUCCUCACGAGCCUGAGAGGACGGGCCCCUGUGCCGCUUGACCCUUGCGCCGGAGGACGAAGAGGCUGGUCCAUUGUGGUGAUGGUGGUGAUGAAAGAAAGUGGCAGUACCUACUACGACCUCAUCUUCACGGAUGAGGUUAUAGAUGACUACGUUAACUUUGUGGAGAUCGAAGAGCUGGACAAGGACAGCUCAACAAUGCUUUAUUGGGUUUAUGAAUACGCUGCCGACGAGAUGCUUCUACGUAUCAUCAAGUUCGCGGGCGAGAAGCAUCAAGAACUCGUAGCAGGAAAGCUAGCCUUCAUCGUGAGCGACGACAGCGAGCUCGUCUCCCUGUGUUCCUUCUUCCCGCUCGUCCAGGCCAUGAUCGAGCACGGCGUCCAGAACGGCGGCAACUCGAUGGGCCUAGAGGAAGUCUCCCAGGGAAAGAACGGCUCCAUCUUCCUCGCCAGCCUCGCCAUCAGCGGCGAGGACAGCAGGGCCAAGGCGUACCCGCUCGUGAAGCAGCAGGUGGACGAGGUGGAUGAGUAUGCUGCCUCGCUGGGGCUCAACUGGGGGCUGGCGGUUCCUGAACUAUGCGUAUGGGUUCCAGAACCCCAUCGCGACGUAUGGCGAGUCGGCGGCCUAGGAGAAGAUCCGGAAUGCUUCUUUGAAGUAUGA